UCUCGGCUAAUAAUAGCCGAGAUUCUCGGUCAUGACCGAGAUUGUAACUUUGUUCGGAUAGGCAACCAAUUAGGCAUACAAAUUUUAAUUUUACCGCGCACUUGUCGAUUGGUGUAAACACUGUAAACUGUAAGUGCAUGAGAGAGCUUCGCUCCGUUCAUGCAGUAUUUGUAAUUGUUUAUGUUUACAAUAGUAAUGGAUGGAAGUUUCUUUAAACGCUGUAAUGCUGUAAAUUAAAAUAAGUUCUUUUAAGUGUUGUGUUGCUACUUGCUGUGAUUACUUGUAAAUUGAUUUAAUACACUGCUUUGGUGAAAGCAAGAUCAUUACUUUACUUAUAGUUUUGAGGUGCAAUAUAAAGCGAGUAAGUUAUGUUUAUUUAAUGUUAAUGUUUACUAAGAACUCUAAGAAGGAAUAAUAUUGUGUUGUUGCAGAUGAAAACUAAAUAUGCCUAAAGUAAAUCCUAUUUGGGAAUAUUAUGAAACAAAUAUUGUAUUACAUCCAUCGAAGGCUAUUUGUAAGUCGUGUAGUAAAACGGUGUCAUUAGGCAGUCCUCAGCCCAAACAUCAGACUAUCAAAGGUUUGAAACUGCACCUGUCGAAAUAUCAUUCAAAGGAAUAUAAAGACUAUGAGAAUAAACUGGGUGAAAUUGCUCACGAAAAUAGUUUGGAAGCGGCUAUUUCAAAGCCAGUGCGCCUUAAUGAUCAUAAUGAUAAUAAGCAUCAAACUACUAUAGAACAAUUAAUAUUUCAUCCGCCUUCAGCAAAAUGGCCGGAUGAUCAUCAGAUUGUCAAACGAAUUGAUAAAGCAAUUAUGGAUUACAUAAUUGUGGACAUGCAACCUUAUACUACAGUAUCAGGUGAAGGAUUUAAACGUUUGAAUUUCGCUGAUCCAUCUGGGCCAAAACGUUACAAAUUGAAGUCCGAAAACUACUUUCGCAGCCAGUUAAUGCCGGAAACAUAUGAAAAGGUUCAAGCCAAAGUGGUAACUCUGUUAAUGGAAGCUGAUUGGAUAAGUUUUACUACUGAUAUAUGGUCAAAUCUUACAAAAACUUGUUCUUUGCUGAGUUUUACUGCCCAUUUCGUUCGGAAAGAACAGCGCCUUAAAGUGGUGCUGGCUGCGAUUGUCCUGGAAGACGACCACACUGGCGAUUAUAUAGCAGAAAAACUCAAAGAAAUUGUCGAAACUUACAACAUCGCAAGAAAAGUUCACUUGGCUGUACGAGACAACGCUCGCAACAUGGUCCGCGCCACUCGAGUAGGUGAAUUCACAUCGUUGGGUUGUGUUGCUCAUACUCUGCAGUUGACGAUUCAUGAUGCCAUUUUUUCGGUCGCAGAAGUUGAAACGCUGAUAAAAAAAUGUCAUAAAGUAGUCGGCCAUUUUCACAGGAGUGAACAAGCUCGAAGACAUUUAAGUACCUUUCAAAAAACUUUAAAUUUACCGGAGCAUGCGCUUUUUCAAGAUGUCGAAACUCGGUGGAAUAGUACCUACUUAAUGAUGGAACGACUGCUUGAGCAAAAAAAUGCUUUGAACCUAUACCGUAUUGAAAAAGGAGGCAUACUAGAAAUUAACAGUGGUGAAUGGAAUUUGAUUGAAGAUAUAGUGAACGUUUUGCAAUGCUUUUACCAAGCCACGUUGGAGAUCUCUUCCGACUUGUCGUGUGUUUCAGUAGUAAUACCGUUGUUGGCAAUGUUAAAUGGAAAAUUGACGCCAAUACAAAAUAUUCAGUCCUUUAAUGAUCAGGAAGAUGAUAAUGAAAAUGAAAAUCACGCAGAGACGAUGAAGAGCAAGCUACUGGAUGCUCUUAAUCAACGGUUUUCAUUUGUUAAAAGUUGUUUGCCACUAAUUACUGCAACACUGAUUGAUCCACGGUUUAAAACCAAAUAUCUAAGUGAAAGCGAAGUUAACUCAGCCAAGCUUUAUAUUAUCGAGACUAUCAAUGGAAAUGUAGGAUCAGAUUCUCGUGAGACGAUAUUGGCAUCUUCAACUAACUCGUCAAACAUGGCUGCAACAAAUCAAUCAAACUUAUGGGCAGCGCAUGAUUCUAUAGAGUUGGAAGACGAGUCAAUGACCAAUAACGAAUACAAUUCAAGCUCUGUGAUCGAAAUAGCGCUAGAAAGCUUUCUUAGAGAGCCAAGACUGCAAAGAAAUGCUAACAUUUUUGAGUAUUGGUUUUCGUCACCUUAUAAGAUGCUUAGGCAGCAAAUAAGUUUUUAUCUGAGCCGCCUACUAGCGUAG